AAAAAACCCGGGUUUCUUACAUUUUAGGCUGGCUACAGUUUGUAUGAUUCAAGCAACUAAAAAGCUAGAUAUGAAUUCCGGAGCCUUAAAGCUACAAGAGAAAGAAUUCCUUCCUCUCGAAAUUGAUUAUUUGCCUGAAUUUGCCGCCAAGAAAUGCCAAGAAGAGCUGAACGAGACUCCUGAACGGAAGAUAAAAGGAAUCCAGGAACUUCGAGGGUUACUUCAAAGAAACCCGAAAACCAGUGCAGAUGAGUUUCACGACGAUUUUUUGGUCGCUUAUUUGCGCCGUAAUAAAUACCGAACUAAAGAUGCCUUGCAACAGAUUCUAAAGUUGCAACAACUGAUGGAGUCAGAAAGCGACUUGUUCCGGGGUGUACCAGAGGAAUAUCUCGAUUCACCUGCAUUCAAGAUUUUUUACCCAUUACCUGUGAGAUGCCAAGAUGGAUGCGGACUGGUUUAUUUUGGAAUUGGAAAAUGGGAUCCCACGGAACUGCCGCUUAAACAGUUAAAGCAAAUAAUAGUGAUGUUCCUCAUCCAAGCUCUGCGCGAUCCGAUGAAUCAGAUUAAUGGAUUCAAAGUGCUGUACGAUCUGGAAGGACUCUCGACGAGACACAUCAAGUACAUCACACCCCAAAACAUGCUGCUGCUUUAUAACGGUACUGUGAAUUCUGCUCCAGCAAGAUAUAAGGCAGUGCAUAUCAUCACCCAAUCCCCUCUCAUGAAAAUUGCUUGGCGUUUCCUCAGGCCUAUUUUAACAGAAAAAAUAAAAAGCAGAGUACAUUUUCAUAAGAAUAAAGAAGAGCUUCUCGAUUACUUCCCACGCUGCGUUUUGCCCGUCGAUUUCGGAGGAAAUGUUCGAGAAAGUGAGACGAUUAACUGGAUUAGAAGAGCGAACAAGGAUCAAGAAAAAUUUACUUUAUGUGGACAACCCAACCGUUAUUGAAAUAUUUCUUUUCUUUUUUUUUUAAUGUAUGUUUCUCAUACUAUUUUUUAUUUUAAGAAACACAAAGACACGUUUAUUACUUCUUUUUAAUAUAUUUAGUGACUCUUUCAGAAAAUUUAAAUACUUCAGAUUGUGUACUUAAAAUCUUUUCUUAUUGUAAUAAUUUUCAACAUGCAGAGUUCUUAUCGCAAAUAUCACAGUUUUAAACUUUAUAAGUCAAA